AUGAAUAAUGAACUACGCAAACUUUUCCCUAUUUUCACCCACCAAAAAGAUUUGGUUUAUUUGGAUAGUGCUGCUACUAGUUUAAAACCUAGUGUUGUUAUUCUAGCAAUUAAAGACUAUUACGAAAAGUAUUCAAUUAAUACUCACAGCGGAGGGAGUAAUUCCCUAGCCCAGAAGGUCCAAAUGACUAUUCAAAAAACUCGGGAAAUGAUUGCUAAAAAAAUUAAUGCUGAGGCUGAGGAAAUUAUUUUUUUGCCCUCUACUACUUAUUCUUUGAAUAUUUUGGCUCUUUCUUUGAAAAAAUAUUUGGAAAGAGGGGAUAAAAUUGCUCUAACUUAUUUAGAACAUAGUUCUAAUUGUUAUCCUUGGCAAUCUAUUGUUCAAGAAAAAGGAGUUGAAGUAUUUUUUUUACCUUUAAAUAAAGGGUUUGCUAUCGACAUUAAUAAUUUAGAUGAAUAUCUUGACCAAAAAGUUAAAAUAGUCAGUUUUUCUCAUAUGAGCAAUAGUUUGGGAGCAGUUAACCCAAAGUUUGAAGUCGGCACCUUACCUUUGGCACAAAUAUUUGGUCUCCAAAAAAGUUUUGAAUUUCUUAAUAACUUAGACAUUCGCGAAAUAGCCAAUUACGAAAAAAAAUUGAAAGAUUAUGCCGUAGAGGAAUUGUCUAAAUUAGAAGGAGUAAUCAUUUAUAAUCAGCACCUAGAGGCUUUAAAUAUUAUUCUUUUCAAUCUGGAAAAUUAUCACGCUCAUGAUGUAGCCGAUUACUUGGGGAAAAAUAACAUUUGUGUUCGGGCUGAAAAAACUAAUAAGGAAAGUAAAGAACUGACUCCAACUAAUUCAAAGGAAAAAAUUCAGGAAUUAAAAACUGAAUUAAUUUCUCUAAAAAGCAAACUUGAUAGUAUCGUAGAUACUAUCGAAAAGAUCCUAUUAGAGAAUAAAAUAUCUAAUUUAGAAAGUCAGAUAAAUAAUCUGGAUAGUCAAAACAACUCUCCUUCACAGUCAAUCAUUAAAGAAUUGGAACAAGAAAUUAAAGAGAUUGAAAGAAAGUUGGAGGAUGAAAUUGAGAACCAGCCAAAGUCAGGCGAAGGAAAAUUUACUUAUUUUGGCCUUUUUAAUGAUUAUCAUUCUUUCAAAAGUAUUUUAUCAGGUCAGAAAGAAAGGUUUAUUAAAAUUAACAAAAACCACCCUGAAAUUAAACGAUUAAUAAACGAAGGUAAAUUACAAAAAGAUAAAAAUUUCAUUAUCCGUUAUGGAAAAGUAGAUGAAAUCUCUCAAGUUGGACUUGUUUAUACUUUUGAACAAAAUAACCAAGAGUUAGAAAUCACCGAAGCCUACUAA